AUGUUCCAACCCGGCCUGAGCCCACCAGAUCCUCCAACUGCUCUACAAAAGAGCAAGCUUCUCCGCGGACUCAAUUCCGAUAAUAAUAUUCAAUCAAUUACCCAUAAAGUUUCUGAAAUGAAACUUGAUACGGUCUCCGUACCGGUUAAUUCAAAAUUUGUUCCCAAUAAUUUGGAAUCAAAGACCAUAUCGGCUAAAUUAAAGGAUCCAAUUCUCUCUGAUCGUCACCCAUUUGAGGAUUACUACCAUGACCAGCAAAACGUUGAGCAAAAUUCCGAAAAUCCUGUAAAGCGUCUGCUUCUGAACACUAAUCUCGAUGAUAUUCAAGCCUUUCGCAACGAGACCAUUCCUUGCAUGAAGAAGCCUGGUAGGUGCCAUAUGAGAAUUCCAGCUGACAGUCAGAGACCUCCAUUGAGCUUUUUUUGUGGAGCCAAACCAUCUCAGCCGUACGCUCUUUAUGUGGUUGCACAGGGAGGUACAAGUUUAAAGUGUUUUUCAGUUUUCAAAGAGUUGCCUGCUGAUGAUCGUCCGGAUCUCUUUUCAGCGGACCUUUCAUGCUUUUCCUAUGAUAUUCUUUCAGAAAGACAAGCUGUUGUUAGUGAUUUCCUAAUUGGAGAUUUAAUAAUCGUUUUCAGCCUGGAAGUUCGCUACGGUGUUCCUCCAGAUUCCUAUUUGAGAGACUCCACUCAUGUUUUGAAGCUGGAAUCUCACAAGUACUGGAGUAUCGAAAAGUUUGCUGUCGUUCAGAGAUGUGUCACCCAGCCGGAGCCGUUCUCCGUCCACCAAUCUCAUUUCAAAGCUGACAAAAGAUUGAUCCUGGUGAAUAAUAUUUUGACGCCUCUAACAGUGCCUACAAAACUACUUGGUGAAUCUUGUCGAGGGGUGGUUCGAGCUUUUCUGCCACAAGCGGCCCCGGGCUUGACGCUGAGCUCUCUGAAACCAGGAGUUCUAUACGAAGAAGUUAGAAGACGCACGGCUCAUCUUGGCAGUCACUGGGAAGCGAUGUCGCCGCAAGUUCUUGAUCUUGAGGUGGUUGAUAAUGGAAGUAUGCUAUCCCGACUUGUUGAAGAAUGCAUCGAUGUGAAUACGGAAGCUAUUGCAACAUUAUAUGAAGAUCGUGGCACUCAUCCCACUAAAGUUGAAAAGGUUACCUGCGGUCUCCGUACCGUUACUAUUCAAUUUACAAUCGGUACUCCAUCUUAUUCCGCAGCUAUUCGAAAAUGGAAAAAAGGAACUAGGUGCUCGUUGGAAACUGCUGCGGGUGAUAUUCUUUCUGUGUUGGUGGAGAAUGCUAUCCCAUUAAAAUCUCGGGUUAUCAUCACAGCAAGCAUUAUCAAAUCACGUGUUGAUGUUAGAAUUCUUAAUACGUUACUAGGUCAACAUGUGAUUAUCAAUCAAGAUUGUGGGAAAAAUUGA